GAAGCUUUUAAAAAUCAGGGUUCGAUUCUUUGUCCGAUUAUAAAUUUUUCAGAAUUUCAGAUCCAAAGGAAAAAUCCUAGAAGCUCUCGUCGUACGUUUCAGUGUCUUCGUCAGAGAUACAGGCACUAGUAUCACAUAUGAGGAGGUACAGCCCACAGUACUAUAGUCCUCCAAGGAGGAGCUAUGGCGGAGGCGGCGGCGGAGGGGGACGAGGAAGAAGCCCCCCAAGGAGGCGCAAGGAGCAGAAUAGUGGAAGCCUUUUGGUCCGGAACAUUCCUCUUGAUUGCAGACCUGAAGAGCUACGAGUUCCCUUUGAAAGAUAUGGGCUUGUUCGGGAUGUCUACAUUCCCAAGGACUACUACACUGGGGAACCUCGGGGAUUUGCAUUUGUGCAAUUUGUGGAUUCUUAUGAGGCUGCAGAGGCUCAGUAUCAUAUGAACGGGAAAAUUUUUGCUGGGAGGGAGAUAUCUGUGGUUGUUGCUGCAGAGACAAGGAAAAGGCCAGAGGAGAUGCGUCAAAGGACUAGGGUUAGAGGGCCAUCAGAGCAUGGAGGAAGGCGAUCGUCUUAUUAUGGACGUUCUCGUUCUCGUUCACGUUCGCCACAUUAUCCAUCAAGUUCUAGAAGCCGAUACCGCUCAAGGUCCUAUUCACCUGCUCCAAGACGCCGUGGUGACUCUGUUUCCCCAAGUAGAAGGCGCAGAGACCACCCAAGAUCACCACGUGAUCUUCCACUAGAGCGAGAUGCUGAUCAUGAUCGCAGGCCAUAUUCUCCAGGUUAUGACAAUGUUGCUGGGCCAAAUGAAAAUGAUGGAUAUGAAAAGAAACCUAUGCACGAGGAUAAGGAUGGAAGAGGUCAUUGGAGGUCUCCUAGUCCUGGUAGAGCAUCCAGAUCACCAUCUGGAUCUAGGUCCAGAUCUGCUGAGUUAUCACCUAGGCGCAGCAGAUAAGGAAAAGAGCAAUGUGAAUGCAUAAGCAUACAUUUAAUCAUGUCUGGCAGAUUUUGAAUUUUUCGGGUUGUAACAUUAGUUUGUGAGCCUGAGUUCCGGGCUUGUGUGUGCAAACAUUUGGAAGUUUGGAACAAUUAAAACCUUGUUUUUGCAUUUCUUUGGAUCAUGAAAGUUGUGUAUGGUUUCAUUUGAGA